UGCUCAAAACACAAACUCUUUCCCAUCUCAAGUCCAUACACUUUCUUUCCCUUUCCUAGAUUUUCCUUCCAUUUUACUCUGAUCGAAUUCUUAUGCUCCAAACGAACCUCUAAUAAUUCUCUUCCCAAUGGAAACCAUUAAACCCAAAUCAGCAAUCAAAAAUCGCAGCAGCAGUAAAUUAGCCAAGACAUUCCACAAAGUCAUCAGCUUCCGAGCUGCUGCGAAAAUCAUUGCUUCUUCUUCCUCCAACAAUGGCAUCUGCUUGCUCUCCUCACAUCCCUUCGCCAUUAAAUCCCAUCAUUCUAGUGCCAAGCACGAAGAAGCCAAAGCUCGAAACAGAGCAAUCAUGGAGGCUCUCAUUGCCAGGCUCUUCGCUGGUGUUACCGCCAUUAAAGCUGCUUACGCAGAGCUUCAAAUGGCUCAGAAACCCUACAAUAAUGAAGCCAUUCAAGCAGCUGAUCAAGCUGUGGUUGAUGAGCUCAGAGCUAUUUCGGAGCUCAAGAGGAAGUUCGUGAAGAAAGAGCUUGAUAUUUCUCCCCAGGUGACUCUGAUGCUUGCUGAGAUUCAGGAGCAGCAGAGCUUGAUGAAGACCUAUGAACUCACCAUCAAGAAGCUCGAAUCAGAAGUUGAACUCAAGGAAUCUGAGAGUUCCUCGCUGAAGAAACAGCUAGAUGAGUGUAUCAGCUUCAAUAAAUCACUUGAAAAGAGGCUAAACUCAAGUGGGUCGCUGUCAAUGUUCGAUAAUCUUCAACUUUCCAAGUUGAAUCCGACCCAUUUCGUUCAGUUUCUUGACCAUACCUUGAGAUCAAUCCAGAGCUUUGUGAAGUUGAUGAUCAGAGAAAUGGAAUCUGCUCAUUGGGAUCUUCAAACAGCCGUGAAAUUCAUUCACCCCCAUGCUGUUUUUGCCAAACCUAGUCACAUAUACUUCGCAUUCGAAUCAUUCGUAUGUUUGACAAUGUUUGAAGGUUUCAAUUUCCCGAACUUUACAGUUCCGAAUGAGCCCAGUGAGAGAAAACUCCACAAGCAUAACCAGAACCUCUACUUCGAGAAAUUCAAAAAGCUCAAAUCUUUGAACCCGAGACAAUACCUGAUCCAAAAUCCAACCUCAUCCUUCGCAAAAUUCUUGAAAUCCAAGUACAUUCAACUUGUUCAUGCCAAGAUGGAGUGUUCCUUGUUUGGGAAUUUGAACCAGAGGAAGCAAGUGAACUCUGGGGGGUUCCCAGAUUCUGCUUUCUUCACUUUGUUCGCUGAGAUGGCGAAGCGCGUGUGGGAUCUGCAUUUUCUGGCAAUGUCGUUUGAUGAAGAAGUGAGCAUUUUUCAGGUGAAGAAGAACAGUAGAUUCUCUGAGGUGUACAUGGAAUGUGUCGUCGCCGAAUCGGAAACAGUUUCAGAGUCCGGGAGUGAAGAAGCUGGUGGCUCCAGUGGCGCCGGCGAGUUUCGGGUGGGUUUCACGAUUGUGCCCGGUUUCAAGAUGGAUAAAACGGUGGUGCAGAGUCAGGUUUAUCUGUCGCCGCCGGCGGGCUUACCGGCGACUUGAUAACGUAUUUGUAUUUUUUAGGUUGAGCUGUAUAUGUAUACGUUAUAUUAUUAUUGGGAAUGGGAAGCAGAGGAUCUCCACGAACUCUCAAUUAUUUCCCAUUAUAGUAAUAUACUUCGUAUAUGUUGUUUUGAGUAUUAGCUUGAAAAGGCAAUUGUUGGAAUGUCUUUUCUUUUUCUUCCCUUCAAAUUUCAAUCAAUUUUAAAGGCAUUUGACAA